CUUGGCUCCCUAGCUAUUCAAACACUAGUUCUUUUUACACCCCACUUCUCUAAUAUGUCGACCCCAGGACCAAUUACGAGACUCCCCGACGACCUCACCGAUCAGAUCUUUGAGCGGCUAUGCACACCCAGAUACUCCCUGCGGUCAAACUAUUUUGGCCUUAAGGAUGUGUUGCCACUGGCACACGUGUGUCGUAGCUGGAGAGCCCUGGCUCUCAGAACGCAGGUCAAGACUGUUGGUAUCGAGCGUGUUUGCACCGAGCGAUGCAGUAGGAACAACGACCACGGCUUCGGGCUGGUAUCCAACAUUGUGACAGUCGUUUCAAUGGGGUUGACCAGCUCGGUUACCGAUCUAACCAUUUCCUUUGCACCUGGUUGCAGGUGCAUGCCGCCGAUAUUGGGUAUUCUAAGAGUAUUCAAAGCCAAUGGUAAAAAGUGGACGGGCGUCAGAUCGGUUACAUUUUACGGUACUGGAAUUGCGAGGCAUCUAACUACUCCAGAUCAAAUCUCGGCCAUGGAUCGCGAAAUUGACCAGGCGUUUGAUAUGUUCACUGGCCUAUUCCCAAACAUCACGUCGAUUGCCUAUAACCAGUUCAAGUAUGGCGGUGCAACACGGAACUAUGACAACAGCCCUGACCCACUACUUCUGAUGUACAAAAGGCUUAUUCGCCACUACAUGAAGCAGCUCAUUUCUAUUUAUGGAUAUCAUUCGCUGAUACCAAGAGCCAUCUCGAGCAUGGAAUUCGAAGCAACCAGCUUGAAAAUGAACUUGGGAUAUAUAGAUCAUGAUAGCGGAUAUCCCCAGUUCAACGCAUCAGUUUUACGCGAGGUGAUGUUCUAUAAUAUCAACGGAGACGUAAUUUGGAACUGGUUCAAGCCUACAAAAGACAACGAAAUCGUCUUCUCCAACCUGACACUACUUAGUUUGGCGUUCAGUUUCCGACCACCCCUGAGUACGAAACUAGAUCCGACCAGUGGAUCCAUCAUACGUUUCCCAAGGCUGUCAUCUUUGUCGGUUGACAAUUCUGCUCGAUACUACGACGAUUUGUACAGUCUCUUCCGUCAUUCUCCGAUCAAAGUCCUGAAGAUGGGCGAAGACCUGAAGUAUCUUUCCUCCAUUGAUACUCGUAUUGUUUCCCAGGCCAAGUCGUUCACUCUUAAUUCCCAGCCAUGUGAGUAUGUCUCCGCCCAGCUCCCGCAUGAGACUAUCACUCGUUUUUACAAUGCGAUGCAUAGUGCUCUGGAGGUGUCCAUGACAAGCAACCCAUUCCCCCUGAAGUACAUCGAACGACUGGCCUGGGUCGUAAGCCUGACGAUCGAGCUGAGUGAUGACCAAUUCCCUCAGCUGUUUGGCGCUAUUCGGAAGCUACCACAGCUCAGGACUCUACAUAUCACACAUCUAGGGAAUUGGAGUGCCAGUAGUCCACUCUACAUUUGGGAACCCGCAUUUGAGACAGCUGAAGUUGAGGAGAUCCCAAUUCCUAAUAUCACUGAGGAUUAUCUUGGUGAUACUUCGGACUUGCUGCCAAUCAGUACAACGCUUCGAAAUCUCAAGAUCCAUCAUGGCGGACCCGACGUACUUUGGUAUACCUGUUCCCUCGUCAGAAGCCUUCCGAACUUGGAGGUGAUCGCAGUCCACAGAGGAAAUAUAUCUGGACUCGAGGCACUCCGCACUGCCAGAAAAGGGAUAUUCGACAUCAGAAUUUAUUAUACAAAGUAAUAUUUCAUGCUUGUCCACUCUUACUACCAGUGAUAUGAAAUAUGAAAACUGGC